GAUGAUCAUCUGAUGACUGCGACUGGGCGCUUCGAUAAUACCCGCGUCUCUCUCUCGGGCCAUCGGUACAAACCCACAGAAACAGCCCUUGAAACCAGAUCCGCACGAAGGGAAAUGGCUUCGGGGGACCUUUACGAGAGAACUAGUACUAUGUGUUCUGGGAACAUGUUGUUCCAGGAGCUCAGGCCUAAGUGGAGCAGAGGCAAUGGCACUCCUGUGAAUCUGCAUUUUAACCAUGCUGCAUUAAUGAGCAUGCUAAGAAAGGAAGUCAUACACAUCAGGGAUGACAUGAGCGUGGAGAGGAUCGUGGACAAGCGGAAGAAUAAGAAAGGAAAGUGGGAGUAUUUGAUCCGUUGGAAGGGAUAUGGAAGCAAAGAGGACACUUGGGAGCCGGAGCACCACCUUCUACAUUGUGAGGAGUUCAUAGACCAGUUUAAUGGCCUUCGCCUGCAGGACCAUCGCUCCAAGCCAGCAAAGACCAGCGGGGCAACACAUCGGCACCUAGGGGGCACCGCAAUACACGACAGCUCCAAGUCCCAUGGGGAGUCGCGAAAGAAGAAAAUAACUACUGGGGUUUCGGGGGAGCAAGGCAUAGGGGUUCCUCCAAAACCACAGAAGAUGAGUGGAGGUAAACCUCUGGCGGACAGAAUGAGCAAACCUGUGACUUACAAGACUGUCCCUGCGGUGCUGCAGUUUGUACCAUCUGCCAGGGUCUCUAAUGGACUACAAAAUGGAGAUAUGGACCCACAGCAUUACAGCACUACAAGCAGGACUCAGGGCAGCAGAAUAACAGGAGACAUGGACCUAAAUGAAGCCACAGCACUGUAUGGCAAAGAAUUAGGGUCACCACUUCCUAACGGAGAAGCACAUUUGCACAGUACAGUCAAACGGAAGCUGACAGAGGACAAAGGCUACAUCUUUGACAAGAGACUGAGGUACAACGUCAGACAGAACGAGACCAACUGCAGAUUUCGGGACAUCGUAGUCAGGAAGGAAGAGGGUUUUACACAUGUCCUGCUAUCGAGCCAAACAUCAGACAACAAUGCAUUAACCCCAGAGAUAAUGAAGGAGUUGUGUCGGGCUCUGUGGAUUGCGGCAGCCGAUGACAGCAAGCUGCUGCUGCUUAGUGCAGUGGGGAGCAUCUUUUGCGGUGGCCUGGACCCUUCCUACCUUAUUGGACGUUUGUCCACCGACCGCAGGAAAGAGAGCAGCAGGAUCGCUGAUGCAGUGAGAGACUUUGUGAAGGCCUUCAUCCAUUUUAAGAAACCUAUUGUGGUGGCCAUCAAUGGACCAGCUUUGGGACUGGGGGCGUCCAUCUUGCCCCUUUGUGACAUUGUAUGGGCCAGUGAUAGAGCCUGGUUCCAGACCCCCUGCGCAUCCCUGAGGAUGACCCCCUCUGGCUGCUCUUCAUACACCUUCCCACAUAUACUGGGAGUGGCACUAGCCAAUGAGAUGCUGUUUUGUGGCCGCAAGUUGACAGCACAGGAGGCAUGUAGUCGAGGUUUGGUGUCUCAAGUGUUCUGGCCUACUACCUUCAACCAGGAAGUCAUGUUACGUGUAAAGGAGAUGGCUGCCUGCAGUGCUGUGGUUUUGGAAGAAUCCAAAUGCCUGAUGCGGAGCAUCCUGAAGUCUGUUCUGGAAGAUGUGAAUGAGAAGGAGUGUCAGAUGCUCAAACAGCUUUGGUGUUCCACUAAAGGACUAGACGCUCUCUUUAACUACCUGCAAAACAAGGGCUAUGAUGCCUAAACUUCAGUCUCCUCUUCCCAUUGUUCAGAUCUUCAGUCCAUCGUAAGAUAACCAGCUUGUAUGGAAAUAAGUGAGUCUAAGGCUGUCAAUUGCAUUGAAUUUACACCAAUUACUGCUGGAUUACAGAGCAAGAUCACUAAAUCCAAAACAAAAUCAAGGCUAAAAAUGGUGUACACAACCUGGUUGUGGGUGAGGUUUUAUAUUAAGACUACACCGGUCUGGAACAGUGUGGCAGGAUUUGGGCUGAAGAUCUACUAAAGGAACUUUCACUGUGAGAACAGCUUCACUGUCCCGUAUAAGACAUUAUGGACACAAACUAGAGCAGAUAAUGACAUGAUUUUCUAAAUGAAGUCAAACAGAGCCAAGAAUAAAUAAUUUAUUUUAAAGAAUUUCAAAUGCUUUGGUGUUGCAGGCAUUCAGGUUUUUCUCGAAUGCUUUCCAAUCAGCAUUCCAUACACCAAAAGGAAAAUAAUAUUAAAUGAUUAACAUGUUUUCUUUUUUAAUGUUUUAGUUAUUGUUGCAUUUUUUUUAUUUAUUUGUGAUAUUCAAAGAAAGCCAUUUUACAAGGGUAAAAAGGGGUUAAUAUCCUAUAAUAUAAUGUUAUGUACAGUCUAGAUUGAUUGUUGUUUAAAAUAUUUGUUUAGAAAGUUUGAGGUUUUGCUAUAUUUUUUUAAGUGUCUGGAAUGAAGUUUUGAAAACCAAAGCCUCUGUUACCUUUUAUAUCGUUCAUCUUCCUUUUUCAAAAACACAUCUAUACACAUAUAUUAAAUCAUAUACUGUAUGGCUUAAAGGAAUAUUCCAGGUUCAAUACAAGUUAUGCUCAAUCAACAGCAUUUAUGGCAUAAUGUUGAUUACCACAACCCUCCUUUUCUCUAAAAAUAUUUAAAAAUCUGGGUUACAGUGAGGCACUCACAAUGGAAGUGAAUGGGGCCAAUCCGUAUACAUUAAAAUACUCCGUUUGAAAAUUGUAGCCAAAGGAAUGAAACAGUAGACGUGUUAACAUGAUUUUAGUGUGACAUAAUCGCUUACUAACUUUUUCUGUGUAAAGUUAUAUCCAAUUUUUUGUUGCCAUGACGAUGUAACACUGUAAUCCUUAAAACGACAAUUUAAACAACUUUAUAGCUCAAAACACAAGUUUUAACAGAAGAAUUGUAGUCCUUUUAAAAUUAUAAGCUUCACAUUUCUGCCUUUUAACCCUCUAAAAGUUAUACCCAUUCACUUCCAUUGCCUCACUGUAACCUCGAUUUUUGCUUCUUUUUUUUCCAUUUUUUUUAAGAAAAUAAUGGACAAGUCGAAAUUAUUUUUUUGUGGUUAUCAAAUAUUAUGCCACAAAUGCUGUUCAUUGAGCUUAACUUGUAUUGAACAUGGAAUAUUCCUUUAAAUUUCUUUAAAAGUGCAAUAGUGAUGUUUUCAGUUAAGGGAUUACAGAUAUUCUCUACAUUUAUGUUUGUCUUACAAAGCAUUUUUCUUGAAGCUUUUGAAACAGGCUGAAGUAUUAUCAGCCAAUUCAUAAAUGUUUCUGUGGUUAGUGUCACUAAAUGUAAUGACUAAUUGUUCAUUGUCAGUUUGAAUAUGGUAAGGCCAUUGUUUCAUUGGACAAUAUUUUUCCACUGUCAUAUGAAAUUCAGUAACCAAAACAAGCAACCUAUUAUUUAAAGAUGUCAAUAGUUUUAUUUUCUGUUCAUUCAGAAUAUUGUGUGUGAGAGUUAGAGAGAUGUUUGCGAGGGGCUCAUAACUGUAUGCAAUUUGCCAACAGAACAUUUGAUGAAUUUCAUUCAUCUGAUCAACCGGGUAGGCAUGCAAUAUGCUUUGAAAAGAAUUGAUGCUUGUUGCUUGGCAGUCAUUCUGAUUUAAGGAGUGAUUACCAAUUCAGAGAUUUGAAGUUUGAUGAGCAUUGAUGAGUGACUCAACUGUGACAUAACUUGAUUUUUUUUAACUUAUUCAACCAAAAUGGAUUUAUUUAACUACUCGACUGUAUUCUCUCUAUCUUUAUGUAUCUUUCUUUUUCCGAAUGUAACUUGCACUUUGAAUGCACUCACAGACUGGUUCAUUUAGAGCCUCUUUCCAUCUGGAGUUGCCAAAACCAUCAUUUGAUUGAGUUCAUUUGGCACUGAAUUGACCUCUUGAGGAGAGGAAGUGCAAUACUUUUAGAGUAGUGAUUAGCACAUUAUUGUGACACGCUGAAGUAAAAAAAAAAAAAAAAAAAAAAAA